UACAAUCAAAAUUUAACAAUACGGUACCCGAGUUGUUCGAUAGCAUUGCAGUUGCUAUUAAACGAUAUUGUAGGACCGACCAAGUUCCAUCAACACCAUGGUGAGUAUUUUACCAAACUUUCGAGCCGGGCUAUUCUCCAGGAAUCGACAUCAGAUUUACCCAUCUCUGUACUAUUCAAGUCUACUUCGAACUAGUAGAUCAUUCAUUUUCUCAUCUAUUUCUUACCUUGUUAUCCAUUCCGUUGUUUGAACUGAAAAGUCUUCUAAUCCGUUUGCUGCUCUCGACGAUUCGGACGACGAGGGUCCUCCCAAGGCCAAGGCUCCCAAGAAGAGCAAUGCUCAAAAAGUCGUCCCCGCAUCUAAGCCCGACCCUAAGAGCAAACCAAAGAACAACGACCGGAACACAAAGCACGGCCGCGGAGGGCGCCCUCCUGUCCGUGAUGGCAAGCGCGCCUAUGAUCGUCGCAGCGGGACUGGACGCGGAAAGGAGAUCAAAAAGGGAGGCGGCGGUGCCAGAAACUGGGGUAACGAAAAGGCUGAAGCAAAGAAAGCCGAGGGUCGUAUUAACGAAAACGAAGAGGUGGCACCUGCAACCGAUGGCAACGAAAGCCCUGAUGUCCCUUCUGAAGAAGUCGAACCCGAGAAGGAAGACAAUACCAUGACUUAUGCCGAUUACAUGGCAUCCAAAGGCAAAAAGGAAGAAGUGGCUUUGAGAGAAGUGAAAAACGACUUCGCAGGCAUGGCUGCAUGCGCGAAAGGUGAAGAGGAAUCUUUUUUGGAAAUGGGAGGAGGCAAGAAGAAAAAGGAGAGGAAAAAGAAGGAAGUAGAUAAGAAAACUGUGGAUGUUGGCUUUCGUGUUGUAAGUAUACUACAGAGGGAGUUUUAAAACAUGAACUUCGAAGUCACUGUAUGGUGUUUUAAUGAUUUGUUUUCAUUUGUUUGGAGCAUAAAUUAACCUUUUUUGUUGUUUUGUUGAUUAUUUGAAUGUAAUCCGUCCAGGCUAAGGCUAACUCUGAUGGUGGACGCGGAGACAGGCGAGAUGGGCGUGGCAGAGGUGCUGGACGUGGAGAUAGACGAGACGGCCGCGGUAGAGGGCGUGGAGGGAAAGGUGGCAGAGGUGCUGGUAGAGGAGCCAAAGCCGGUGGCAACAAGAAACCACAGGGUCUCAAUGUUCAAGACGAGGGUGCCUUCCCUUCGCUAUAAAUGCCACUUUUGUUCAAUGAUAAUAAAGCAUUCGUUUUGGUAUUAAAAAAGGGGCAACAUAAAGUAUCAUAUUCUACCACGACAAUGAAAUACUGCCGGGUUUGAACUGAAGCCGUCUUCUUUCUGUUGAAAUCAAUUACCAUCAGCUAGAAAGAGAAAUUUUUUACGUUCGACUCAACUGAGACGGGGAAAUGAUGGUUGCAUGGCAAACUUUAAAUAUUCUUACACUGAAGACACCAUCAUGGAUAUUCAAAUUAAAUACUUCAUAUAAUGAAAUCUACGACAUGAC